CAUCACGGAGCUGGGAGACACCUGGCGCAAGGCCCUUUGCUUCGUUUUUUUGGUCCCUCGUUGUGUCUUGCAUACAGGCACAACCACACCCGGCCAGUGGUGUGGGACACAUGGAAAGCGGCCGCAUCUCCACAAUGAUCUCCCUCUUGAGUCUUUGGGGCGUUGCUGUCUGCACCACCACAUUCAAGGGUGCGCAAGGCGCAAAUUGCGAUUGGUCACGAACUCACGGGGGCAGUAUAAACCGGGUCACAUCACCCAUCAUCAUUAGCGAAUCGACAUUGAGCAGCAUCGUCAGCCAUAUCAUUUUUCCAAGGAGUUGCACAUCUAUUACUCUUCCGGCUCAGGAUUUCCCGGCGGGCAACCUUGAAGAGGUUCGAAAGGAACGGCGUUCGGCUAAGGAUAACUCGAGACAAAUACAUAUUGCUUUUUCCAAUCUCAGAUUCUUUUGCCACCUUUUGCUCCUUGAACGUGUCGAUGAGGAUGGGAACUCCGCGGAGCACACUAUUGUUGCCGCGUGCACACUGAACCACCAUCAGCAAGGAACAGCUUCGUUCAACAGCCUCCCCUGAAUUUCCCGAGACGCACAACAUGAGGGUUGUGUGCAUCGUCUUUGGAAGAUUCCAGGUCAGGUCGUGCCUUUAUCCCUCUAGUCCACCCCCAUUUCACGCAGGAUUGCCCGACUGGGACUGACCAAGUCUUCAUUUUUUUUGUCUCGCAUUUUGUUCCGCCCGUCAUUUUAUCUCCGAUGCUGGCCAGAUUGCUCGAUGAGACAAUCCACCAACACAGCAAAAUGCCAAGCGGAGCAAGAAAGUACGGGAGGUCCCGCCCACCACGCCUAGACCAUCUUCUUAAAUCGCCCAGGUUCGCACGCGUCUGUA